UAGUCGUACCAUAUUUGAAGUAUUGAACCCAGUAACAGUGCAACACUGGCCCUGACCCACAUGGUUAGCUCGUAUUGUCAAGAAGCAAAGAUAGGUUUUCACAUAUAGUAGGAGUAUCAAUAUAUAUCAUCAUCAGCCAAACAGGGUCACUGGUACAAACUCUUGACGGCUCUAUUUUGGAUUCCAUAAACAAAAAAAUAUGGCGACACCUAUACCAGCAGAUACAUACAACUUAGGGUUCAUCGGUGCUGGCAAAAUGGCUGAGAGUAUUGCCAGAGGUGCUGUUAAAUCUGGUGUCCUUCCUGCUUCUCGUAUUCACACUGCCCAUAAAGGCGUCCGCCGUGCCGCUUUCGAAUCAUUCGGUGUCUCUGUUUCCGAACACAACAAUCAGGUUGUUGAAUACUCUGAUGUGGUGAUUUUCUCUGUGAAGCCACAAGUUGUUAAAGAUGCUAUCUCGCAGCUGAGACCCAUCCUAGAGAAAAAACUUUUGGUGUCGGUAGUUGCUGGUGUCAAAUUGAAAGACCUUCAGGAGUGGGCUGGUCAUGAUCGCUUCAUCAGGGUUAUGCCAAAUACACCUUCUGCAGUUGGUGAAGGAGCAUCUGUUAUGAGCUUGGGAGCAGGUGCAACACAAGAAGAUGGUGAAAUAAUUGCUAAGUUAUUUGGAGCGGUAGGUAAAAUUUGGAAAGCUGAUGAGAAGCUGUUUGAUGCAGUCACCGGCUUAAGUGGGAGCGGGCCAGCAUAUAUAUUUUUGUUAAUAGAAGCUUUGGCCGAUGGAGGUGUAGCCGCAGGUCUACCACGGGAACUUGCACUCGGUUUAGCGUCUCAAACUGUUCUGGGGGCAGCGUCUAUGGCUACCCAAACUGGGAAGCAUCCAGGUCAGCUUAAAGAUGAUGUUACUUCGCCUGGUGGAACCACAAUUGCUGGGGUUCAUGAGCUGGAGAAGUCUGGAUUUCGCGGGAUAUUAAUGAACGCUGUUGUUGCUGCUGCAAAGCGUAGUCGUGAGCUUUCCCAGAAUUAGAGCUUAGCUGGUGGUAAAAACAUGCACUAAUAUUUAAAGAAUAGACCUCUAUUUGUAGCAGUUGAAUAAAUGAGUCACCAAUUGGUCUAGAAUAUUAGCUGACAAUGAGCACAUUUUGUGGAGUUGCUCAUUGUCCAAGAUAUUAAGAGUGUAUUUUGUAGAAACUAGAAAGCGCAGGAGCAAAGCAAGACUAGCUAGUUUGGGAGCAAAAAGAUGUAUGCUUGUGCCACUGUAAACAAGGAAAUAUUUUCAUUUUAUGGCCUGUGAGUUGAGAUUUGGCAUUACACAGCCAUUACAAAUAUA